AUGCCAGCUAGAGGCAAAUCGUUCAUUAAAUCAAGUGACAAGGUGAAAGCAUUGGAUGAGAUAAGGUGCUUGUAUUUCAUUCUGAGUGACUGCUGCAGGCUAGUAAGCAGAUUGUAUGGCACACAGAAUUUGGUUGAAAUAAUGAGUGAUUUUGUAUCAGUUGCCACUAUUGCGUAUUUGAGUCUAGAUAUGUGGUUUCAGUAUCCUGUAAACUUACUGUAUCCACUCACAUACAAUUUGUUGUGGUUGGCUCUCUGCAGCGCUAGAAUUGUGGUGGUUGCAACUUCUUGCGAAGCAGUUGUCAGAGAAUCUGACAGAACACACGAGCUGGUCAGUGCUGUUUCUUUGCUUUCUACUUGCCCUGGAUCGUCACUCGCUGCAGAAGAGGAGGUGGAGCAGCUGCAGCUGUUUGAAGAGCAGAUGGCGCGCAACCCCGUCUCAUUCAAAGCAGCUGGGGUCACAGGGCUUGGUCUGCCACUUCUGUGCAGGCUUUUUGGUGCAGUCUCUACUUGUGUCGUCGUUCUGUUUCAGUUUUCAAUGCGCAACACUUAA